UGAUGAGAAUAAAGGAAUCCUUGUAUGCUAAUUAGCUCUGCCAUUGAAGGGCAUAGCCAUGGCCUCAAAGCUACUGAUGAGAGUUGGAUCAAUUCGAGUUCCCAAAAUAGCGCCAAACCCAAAUCCACUCCUCAAUGCUACCAGAAGACUCUUUGCUCAUCAACCAAUUUCAGCUCCCCCUCAUUCUCCUCCGUCAUCUCCGCCUGAUAAUGGCAGGAGUACUCACAUCAAAUCACAACCGACGUCAUCUUUGAAGGAGCUCGAGCUUGCUAAAUUUUCAGCCAUUGCUGAUUCCUGGUGGGAUUCUGAAGGACCAUUUAAACCGUUGCAUGUGAUGAAUCCAACUAGGCUUGCUUUUCUUCGCUCCACCCUUUGUCGACAUUUCAGGAAGGAUCCACACAUGGCUAGGCCUUUUGAAGGACUAAAAAUUGUUGAUGUUGGUUGUGGUGGCGGAAUUCUUUCUGAGCCUUUAGCUCGAAUGGGAGCAACUGUAACAGGCAUUGAUGCGCUGGAGAAAAAUAUCAAUAUAGCUCACCUUCAUGCUGAUUUGGACCCGGUGACUCCAACUAUUGACUACUGUUGCACAACAGCUGGUACAUGCAAAUUUUGUUCUUGUGUAGAAAGUCUUGUUAAGGAGCAAAGGAUGUUUGAUGCUGUGAUUGCGUUAGAGGUAAUUGAGCACGUGGCAGAUCCUGCUGAAUUCUGCAAGUCUCUGUCAGCAUUAACUCAUCCAGGUGGUGCCACUGUGGUUUCAACGAUUAACCGAUCUAUGAGGUCAUAUGCAACAGCCAUUGUUGCAGCAGAGUACCUUCUCCAUUGGCUUCCCAAAGGGACGCACCAAUGGUCAAGUUUCCUGACUCCUGAAGAGUUAGUAUUGAUCCUGCAACGUGCUUCUAUCAACGUCAAAGAAAUGGCUGGAUUUGUUUACAACCCCUUGACCGGACGAUGGUCUCUUUCUGAUGAUAUCAGCGUAAAUUUCAUCGCAUUUGGUACCAAAAGUGGCGAAUGAUCAUUAGCCAGCUUUACCUUUCCUUUUUGGUUUGUCAAGUCUAAUUUCUACAAAUUUUGAUUAAAAUUAUAAGCAAAUUUUAUAAUAAGAAAGAUUGAUUAAGAAUAUAGAUUUUGCUUCA